UAUUAGAUUAUAGCGUGGCGGCUAGUUGCUCGCAACGCGAAUACUGUCAAUAGUAAGCAGCACUACUUUGCCCUUAAACUCGUUUUUACUCCUUUUGAAUUUCGCAACUUCAGUACCGGCUUGUUUUACUACUUUAUCGGUGUUUACAGCGUAUCUGAAUUAUUCAUGCCGGUUUACAUUUGACUGGUUAGUGCUUGUUGAUUCGCAUUACCCCCACGCGUCUAAUGUUUUGCGUCUGCUUUUUACUAUACAUAAUGUAACAAUAAAAUACAGGGAAGACACUUUUAACCAGAUCACCGGGCCUGACCUAAUUUGAUGCAAAGAAAAGUUUUUUUUUCUCUCCUCGGACGGCACUAGUGUUUUGCUACAGCAUGUCUGCGCACAAAGGAGAAACGCUCCGAUUCGGCCAGGUGGUGAUCGGACCACCGGGUUCGGGUAAAACCACAUACUGCCAGGCCAUGCAGGAGUUCCUCACCCAUCUCGGACGCAAGGUAGCUGUGGUGAACAUGGACCCGGCCAAUGAUGGACUACCGUACACUUGUGCCGUGGACAUCUCCGAGCUUGUCACUUUGGAUGAUGUCAUGGAUGGCUUGAAACUGGGACCCAAUGGCGGGCUCCUUUAUUGCAUGGAGUAUGUGGAGGCCAACCUGGACUGGUUGCAGGAUAAACUGAAGCAGAACCCGGAUUGUUACUUCUUGUUUGAUUGUCCUGGGCAGGUGGAGCUCUACACACAUCAGAAUUCGGUGAAAAACAUAUUCUCGCAAUUGGGAAAGUGGAAUUUUAGGCUAACAUGUGUGCACCUCGUGGACUCUCACUACUGUGCCGAUCCAGCCAAAUUCAUCUCUGUGCUGUGCACUUCACUGUCCACCAUGUUGCAUGUGGAGCUCCCUCAUGUGAACAUCCUCUCCAAGAUGGACCUAAUCGAACAUUAUGGGAAACUUGCAUUCAACCUGGACUACUACACUGAAGUCAUGGACCUGACGUAUCUUCUUGAUCAUCUGGCGGCAGAUCCUUUCUUCAAAAAAUUUCGCCGUUUAAACGAAAAGCUGGCAGAGGUCAUUCAAGAUUACAGCCUUGUCUCGUUUGUGUCUCUCAAUGUUCAGGACAAAGAAAGCAUGAUGCGGGUCUUGCGGGCAGUGGACAAAGCCAACGGUUGCUGCUUUGGAGACCUGGAGGAGAGGAAUCUUCAGGCCAUGAUGUCAGCUGCCGUAGGGGCAGACUUUGAGUUUGCCUCCACUCUAGGAGUUCAAGAGCGGUACCUUGAAACCAGCGAGAAGACCGUGGAGGAGGAAUUGAUGGAUAUUUGAAGAGAGGAAUACGAAAUGAUGCCCGCUCAUAACCUUAAUGGAAGAAGUAGAUGAACACAGGAAUGACAUUUGAAGGACAUGCUAAAAACAUGUUUUAUUUAGAUAUUCUGCUUUGUUGAAAUGUUUAUACAAUGCACUGGGGAUGCUUCGUGAGAAAGUGAAUGUCCUUUGGGGAUUGCAUGUGCGCUUUCCUCCAGCGGGUGGCAGCCGACGUGCUCCCAAAACCGAGGAGUCUGCUCGCUGAAGAUCCGUUCCAGAUUUUCCCUCCAGCCGGAGGAGAAAAAUUAAGUCAGGCGGGGAGAGGAAGCCACAUUAAAUCUGUGUUUCUGCACAA